CAUCUACAAAAUCCAACCUGGCUUAUGUUUACCCCCUCGAAGCGCUGAACUGUGGCCGUGCUUCAACCAUUAUUCUGACAUAUAACUCCCGGAAAUACAAAUGUAACCAGCCUUGUUUUGACGACCUGAGCGAGAAUAUAAGGCGGGGCAUUAUUAAUCUGUAAGAUUUCGUGAGCUGAAAAGCCAUGGCUCGGGUGGUGAAAAAAAGGCAGGCCGACCCCAAAGUUGUCCAGUUUGUGUGGUCGGCCAUCGAGGUUAUUCGCAACCAGAAGCAAAUUGCAAAUAUGGACAGGAUUUCAAAGUACCUGAGCCGGGUGUACGGGAUGCAUCCCAAAGAGACGGCCAGGCAGCUGGUGCUGGCUGUGAAGGACGGGCUGGUGGUGGAGACCCUCACCGUGGGCUGCAAGGGCUCCAAGGCAGGCGUGGAGCAGGAGGGCUACUGGCUGCCCGGGGACGAAAAUGAGUGGGAGGCGGAGAGCCACGACUGGUACUGCUUCGACUGCCACCUGCCCGGCGAGGUGAUGGAGUGUGACGGCUGCUUCCGCGUCUACCACACGCGCUGCCUGACCGAGGAGCAGCGACCCAGGGACAGCAGCGCCCACUGGCAGUGUGUGAUCUGCAGGGGUAGCAAGAGGAAGAACUGUUCCAAGCAAGAGAUGAUUACAUACCUACAGUUUAUUGUGGGGCGAAUGAAAGAGAGGGUAAGCGUCGAUCUCAACAAGAAAGGCAAAGACACAAAGCAGCCCAUGUACAGAAGACUCAUCCACACUCAGAUGGAGGUGGAAAACGUUCAAGAGAACAUCACAGAAGGCAAAUACAAGAACUUUGAGGAAUUCAAGGCAGAUGCGCAGCUCAUCGUCCACAACACAGCCAUUCUGUUUGGAGGGCACAGCGAUCAGACUGAAAUUGCGAGAAUGCUUUACAAUGACACGUGUCAUGAGGUGAACGAGUUACUUUUGUGUAAAAACUGUUUCUACCUCUCCAACGCACGGCCUGACAACUGGUUUUGCUACCCUUGUACUCCCAAUCAUGAGUUGGUGUGGGCCCGCAUGAAAGGCUUUGGCUACUGGCCUGCUAAGGUCAUGCAGAAGGACGGCGCCCAGGUGGAUGUCAGGUUCUUUGGCUAUCAGCACCAGAGGGCCUGGAUCCCGGCAGACAACAUCCAGCCCAUCACGGUGAACGCACAGCAGCUGCAGGUGAAGCGCAGCUCGGGCUGGAAGAAGGCCUGCGAGGAGAUGGAGAUGCACCAGCGCUUCACCACCGAGAACCGCACCUGGAAGGGCCUGGGCGAGGAGCGGCCCGAGGAGCGGCUAGAAGAGGCCGAGUCCAGCAUCUCCUCCACCAGCAACGAGCAGCUGAAGAUUAACCAGGAGCCCAAGGCCAAGAAGAGCCGCCGCAAUCAACCUCCUGAGCCUAAAGAGGAGGAGCCUGAGCCUGAAAUGGAGGCGGUGAGCUCCAGCCAGGAGAUCCCCACGGCGACGCCCCACCAGCCCGAGCGCCUGUCCGUCUCCACGCAGACGCGAAAGAUGGGGCCCUCGUCCUCGUCUUCCUCCUCCUCCUCCUCUCCCUCCACGGGCUCGUCGUCCGGCCCGCGCAUGCAGCACCGCGGCACCCAGACGGUGAACGAGAGCAGCUGCCAGAACAUGUGCCACGACAAGUACACCAAGAUCUUCAACGACGUCAAGGAGGUGAUGAAGGCCGAGAACAAGCGGGAGACGGAGCGCCUCGUCAAGGAGGCCACGGAGAAGGUCCGGGCGGAGAUGGAGGAUGACAAGAGGCAGGCGGUGCAGAAGGCGGUGGCCAGUGGCCAGGCGGAGAUGGACAGAAAGUGCAAGCAGGUGAAGGAGAAGUGCAAAGAGGAGCUGAUGGAGGAGAUGAAGAAGAUGGUGAACCAGCACAAGCAGCUCAUCUCCCAGACCAAGAAGAAGCAGUGGUGCUACAACUGCGAGGAGGAGGCCAUGUACCACUGCUGCUGGAACACUUCCUACUGCUCCAUCAAGUGCCAACAGGAACACUGGCACGCCGACCACAAGCGCACCUGUCGCAGGAAGAGAUGAGAUGAGCCGACAACUGCCCCCCUCUCCCUCCCAUCAACCCCUCCGACAACCCCAGGCCCCCACCCCACCCCACCCCACCCCACACGUCAGCC